UGGGUGACUGUUGCGGCGGCGCCAACCAAACGCGUCGUGCUCGCGGCAGGCCACGUGUCCCUCGAGGCUCCUCCGGCGACCACGUCGCCGCCCGCCAUAUGACCAACGCACCAAUCAGACUCCGCCGGCGGGAAGCUGAUCGUUCACUGCUACUAGCGCAGUGCCCACGCUGGUGCAGCACCGGAUCAUCUGUGUGACAAGGAAGAAGAAUGGACGCGGAGGGGUUGCUGGCGUCGGCGGCGAUCAAUCUGGGACUGGCGCUGGUGGCGCUCUCGCUCUUCUCCCUGCUCAAGAAGCAGCCGGGGAACGCGCCCGUUUACCGUCCCCGCCGGAUGGCGACCGGCGACCUUCGUGCUGAUGGUGGCUUUCUACCGCUCGGCCACGGGCGACUAACCCCGUCGUUCCGGUGGAUAGGCGCGGCCUUCCGGCUCUCUGAAGACGACGUGCUGCGGCGCCACGGCCUCGACGCUCUCGUCAUCGUCCGCCUCUUCAAGUUUGGGAUCAAUUGUUUCAGUGUUUGCUCGAUUGUUGGACUACUGGUCCUUGCUCCAACAAAUUAUACUAGUGAAGGUCGCGCUGAAAUCAGAAGAUCGAAUUCCAUGGAACUGUUCACGGUUACCAAUGUGACACGGGGAUCUAAUAGGCUUUGGGUGCAUUAUUCAUGCCUUUGCUUUAUAUCCUUGUAUGUGGUAUAUUUGCUUCAUAAGGAAUACAGAGAAAUUACUAUGAGAAGAAUUGAGCACUUGAAGCAUCACUACAAAAGAUAUGAUCAAUACACCGUUUUGGUGCGAGGAAUUCCAACAUGUCCAGACCAUGGGGCUUACGGGUGUUAUGUGGAUCACUUCUUCUCAAAGCAUUAUCGGACAUACCGAUCAUACCAAAUCGUACAUGACAUAGGAAACAUUGAGGCAUUGCAGAAGCUGGCGUCCUCCAUUGAGAAACGGAUACAGAGGAAAAGGGAGACCAGUAAAUGUAGUCUCUUGGGACGGAUCUGGAGCAAGUUUACAUCGGAUGCAACAGGCAUUCACAACCAUGAAGAGAAACUGAAAAAUGUGCAAGAUACUAUCCGCCUCCUACAGUGUGAAAAUAUGCUUAAACAAAAGGAGGUACCUGUAGCCUUUGUGUCGUUCAAAUCCCGGUUGGAGGCUGCCCAAGCUGCGGAGACGCAGCAGCUCGCCAAUCCACUGUCGCUGGUCACAACCUACGCGCCCGAACCAACGGACACGAUAUGGAAGAACCUGUCCAUCCCGUUCUGGCGCAUGGCUACGUACAGGCUCGGAGUCUUCGCUGCCGCGGUCUUGCUGACGGUGUUCUUCACCAUCCCCGUAACGGCCGUGCAGGGGAUAGCGCAGUUCGAGAAGAUGAAGAGGUGGUUCCCGCCGGCGCGAGCUGUGCAGCUCAUACCUGGCUUGAACUCCGUGGUGACCGGGUACCUUCCGGGCAUGAUCCUGAACGGCUUCAUCUACCUGGUUCCUUCCGCGAUGCUCGGCAUGGCCUCGUUCGAAGGCUGCGUCGCCAGCAGCCAGAGGGAGAUCAGGGCCUGCGACAUGGUCUUCUACUUCUUGCUCGGAAACGUGUUCUUCCUCAGCGUUCUCUCGGGCUCUCUGCUCGACCAGAUCGGAGAGUCCUUCACGCACCCCAAGAACAUCCCCAACCGUCUCGCGAGCGCUGUUUCUGCGCAGUCGGAUUUCUUCAUCACGUACAUCUUGACCAACGGCAUGUCAGGGUUCUCCUUGGAGGUCCUUCAGUUCGGUCUGUUGAUAUGGCAGUUUUUAAAGGCGCGUUCAAUUGGACACAGCGAGGAACCAUAUCUGUAUGGCUUCCCUUACUUCCGAGUCGUGCCCGUGGUUUCCAUCGCAAUAUUGAUCGGAGUGGUGUACGCUGUGGUUGCGCCCCUUCUGCUCCCGAUCCUUCUGGUGUACUUCCUGCUCGGUUACGCAGUGUACAUCAACCAGAUGGAAGAUGUUUAUGAGAUCACAUACGACACAUGCGGGCAGUACUGGCCCAAAAUUCACCACUACAUAUUCCUAUCAAUAGCGCUCAUGCAAGUCACCAUGAUAGGACUGUUUGGGCUCAAGUCGAAGCCAGGAGCCUCCUUGGCCACAGUUCCCUUGCUUGUGCUCAACAUCCUUUUCAACGAGUACUGCAAGGCCCGGUUUCUUCCAACUUUCAGGCAUCGACCAGUCCAGGCUGCCAAUGAGCUUGAUGAGGCUGAGGGUACGACUGAAGGCGACGUUGACGAUGCAAUCUGCGCUUAUAGGCCACCAUGGAUGCGUCCGACGAACCUGGAAUCUAGUUCUGUGGAGCCUUUGAAUGUUUGAUCUGUCUUUUCCACGGUGGCACCAUGGACCUCCAGGCAUCGCGGUUUCGUCUGUCAACUUGUAAAACACACCGCAUAUCACGGUAACACGCACAAGUUCAGUUCAUGGAAGGAAAUUCUCGAAACUGCGCUGUGUUCCUUGAAUUUGCGGGACAUGCUGAUAUUGCCCGAGAUAGAUUUACAUGUUACGGAUGUUAGAAAUAUAAGCAUUUUUAAUCA